AUGGCGGUUAAGCCAAGGCAUGCGCGCCUUCAGACUCGCAAAACAUCGUCUUCUUCCUCCACGCUGGUCCUCACUUUGCUCGUCAUGUUCACUUUCGUGAUCCUCAUUCUUCUCGCCCUGGGAAUACUCUCGGUCCCGAGCGGCUCCUCCGGCAACUCGGCCAAGGCAAACGAUCUCAGCUCGAUUGUACGGAAGAGUGCCGACAGAAAUGAAGAAGAAGGGGCAGGGGAGCAGUGGGUCGAAGUCAUCUCAUGGGAGCCGAGAGCAUUUAUCUAUCACAAUUUCUUGACCAAGGAGGAAUGUGAAUAUCUAAUCGAUCUUGCCAAACCUAGUAUGCACAAGUCAACAGUAGUUGAUAGUGAAACUGGAAAGAGCAAAGAUAGCAGGGUCCGUACAAGCUCUGGAACAUUUUUGCAAAGAGGGCGUGAUAAAAUUAUCAGGAACAUUGAGAAGAGAAUUGCUAAUUUCACCUUUUUACCUGUAGAACACGGGGAGGGACUUCAAGUUCUCCACUAUGAAGUUGGACAGAAGUAUGAGCCUCACUAUGACUACUUUCAAGAUGAGUUCAACACUGGGAAUGGAGGUCAACGUAUAGCUACGGUUCUCAUGUACCUCUCAGAUGUUGAAGAAGGGGGUGAGACUGUGUUCCCUGCUGCCAAAGGGAAUAUUAGUUCUGUGCCCUGGUGGGAUGAGCUAUCUGAAUGUGGGAAAAAGGGACUUUCUGUUAAACCCAAGAUGGGGGAUGCGUUGCUUUUCUGGAGCAUGAGGCCUGAUGCAUCUCUGGAUCCUUCAAGUUUGCAUGGCGGAUGCCCUGUGAUUAAGGGAAAUAAAUGGUCAUCUACUAAAUGGGUUCGUGUCAACGAGUACAAAAUUUAA